CAAGUGCACUCAAAAAACGGUACUAAUUGAACCUCAGGCAAGAAAAAUAUUCUCUCUACCUGCAUCUGUAAUUGGGAAUCGAACAAAAUGCCUGUAGAUUAUAAUGGCACAUGGGAAAUGAUAGAAAAUAAGAAUUUUGAUGGCUACAUGAAAGCUUUGGACGUAGAUUUUGCCACCAGGAAGAUCGCGAACCAUCUCACACAGACAAAAGAAAUCAAGCAAGAGGGAGACGUGUUUCUCACAAAAACUCUGAGUACCUUCAGAAACUACAACCUGGAUUACACAAUUGGAAAAGAAUUUGAAGAAAACACAAAAGGCUUAGAUAAUAGGAUGGUGAAGACACUGGUGCAGUGGGAUGGGGACAAGUUAAUCUGCGUUCAGAAGGGUGAGAAGCCCAACAGAGGCUGGAAGCACUGGAUUGAGGGCGAUCAUCUACACUUGGAGUUAACAUGCGAUGACCAGGUCUGCCAUCAAAUUUUCAAGAAAAAAUAGCCAAUGAACAAACGAGUCAGUCUGUUUGAAUGCGGACUUGUAUGCAACAUGUCUAAUGUGCGCUGUGUUUUCACAAUAAAGGGCAUUUUUCCACACUGUA